AUGAAGGGCCAAAGCAGCAAAGAGGCGAGCAGCAACGGCAUCGUCAAAGAAAAAGAUCUAGCGCGGCCGUCUUCUUCAUCAUCGUCCACGGCUGAGGAAAAAAGAGCAGAGAGGAUGAAGAGAUUGCGAGAGCUUCAUCUAAGAAGGGUGAGGCAUGUGUUUGAAAGAGAGUAAUAUUGAUCUUGAAAAAACUAAAAACGAAGGCUAGGAAAUGCAAGUUAGCUUACCAUUUGCAUUUCAUUUAAGAUCUCAAAUCAGAACACGAGUAGGGAGUGAAAUUUAACAAAUUUUGCCAGAAGUACAUGUAUUGAUGAUGAAGCAAAGUUUUGCUUUGAAAAACAAAACUGUUAAAUCAGAAUAUGAAACGUUUAUUUACCGAGAACAUUCAUUCAAGUCACUCUAGAUAUUCUUGUUUCCCUGGCCACUUACAUUUUCAUUUGCAUGCUGUUGAGCAAGAAAGGAUCCUUUGCUUUCUGUACUUUGCGCCAAAAAUUCAUAUUAGUGGCCAGAAAUUCUAGUAAUAAAUUGACAUCACAUCUCUUGCAUGUGUGUAUUAAAACAGACCAGAGAGAUGUGGAGUGAUUAUUUAUUCCUUAGCAUUACCUCCCACUGGUUCGUUGUUGCUGUUUUUUGAGUUAACGUCAUAGCUGCAAAAAAGUGUCAAUGUAAAUAUAUGGAAGUGCCAGUAAAAGUAAUUUAUUGAUAUGAAGUUAUACUUACAAGGCUGGUUUUUACUAACAGCAGGGUUUGUUCAGGUCAUGGAAAACCUGCAAAGUCAUGGAAUUUAAGAAUUUCAUUUUCAAAGCCUGGAAAGUCAUGGAAUUUAAUGAUUAUUUUUGGUCCUUGAAAGUCAUGGAAAAUUGUAAAAAGUUUUGUUUGGUAGCUUAGUUACCACAGAUGAUAAAGCAAGGAUAAUGAAAGAUAAAGAGGAGUAAUUAAACAGUUCGAACGACAGUGACGCAUUUUGGUGGAUACCAAGGUUUGUUUCUGUUGAACUGUGUAUGGUAAAAAAAUAUGCUAAAACAAGUAAAGUUUUGAAAAUUUUUACAGUGACAGCUAAACCUAAGGUCAUGGAAAACUAGAAAAGAUUAUGGAAAAAGUCAUCGAAAGUCAUGGAAUUUGAAGAACUCAAAAGAGUACGAACCCUGUACAAUGGAAUUGUAGUUACAGCUGCAAAAAGAAACACAGACUGUAAAGAUGAUCCAUUGAAAAAGGUUUUCUGAUUCCUUUUAUGGGUGAAUGACUAGUGAAAACAAGAACUGAAGAAUGACAAGAACUAGACCAAUCUCGAUAAGCAUUGAGAUUGGUUUAGAAUGUCAGAAGAAGAGGAAAAUGGUCUGAUUCUUUCUUUCUCUUUUGACAAGCAUGUGGUUCUGAAUUUUGAUUUCACAGGGUCAAUAACAAUAUAUAAAAUCUAUAGUUACAUUGGGUGUAUAUCACAACUUUAAUCAAGUCCAUUGCUAGUGAAUACCAGCCUCCAUCUCAAAUAAUCAGGAUCUUACUUUUUCCCAAUAAUGCCAAUAUUAAAUUUUUACAUUAAACUGGAUUUUCCAUCAGCCCUGCUAUUAGGAGUAUUGUGUUUACUUAAGACCUAAGUUAAGAAACAGUUAAGUUUUGUUAAAAGUAUAAUUUGUAGAAGUUAAAUUAUUAACCCUUUUUUUUCUAGAAUGAAGCUCGAAAAUUAAAUCACCAAGAAGUUGUCGAAGAAGAUAGACGGAAAAAGUUGCCUGCAAACUGGGAUGCAAUGCAAAGGAAGACUGAAUGGGAGAACAAGGAAGAAGACGCCAGAAAGGUACAUCAUUAAUAACAUAAUUUUCAUGUAUUAUAACAUCACUAAAGUAGCUGGUAUGUAAUGUACUUACUGGUAAUCAGAUUUCAAAAAUCCAAGGUUCAUGUAAUUGAGGUUGUUUUGUGAGGCUUCAUCCAGUCAUUAAUAUUAUUGGUAAUAGCAUUGAAAGAUAGCUGUACAUGUUGAUAUAUGGAGUGUGUCAGUCAAUGUUUGUUUUUUGUGAAAGUGAGUCAUUUUGAUUUUAAAACUGCACUAUGUAGGAAGCUGAAGCCCGUGGAGAAAAUUAUGACAGGGUUAAGUUGUUAGAAGUAACUGCAGAGGAUGCAGAUAGACUGGAGAGGAAGAGAAAAAAGAAGAAUCCUGAUCAAGGCUUUUCAGGUAUCUACAUGUAUGUUAACAGAGAAACCUUACAAAUUACACACACACAAUGACUUUCUCCUUCAGUAAUUUAUUAUUAUUAUUAGCAGUCUUAAGCUAGCUAUGGGGCCACAUAAGUUGCCUUAUUUACGAAUUUUAACUUACACAAAAAGUGGUUACUCUAAAAAGUAGGAGCUCAAAAUUAUGACCCUUUUAUGAACCUAAGACCCGUCUAUGCUCCCGCCUCUUUUUAAACAAUAUUUUUGGUUCCUCUAUGUGUAUCUCCCUUUUCAAUUCACCCAGAAAGGAUAAACAGAUACAAGACCAGUGGUGACCUAGAAUCAGUACCUAAUGGUAUGAUAAUCCAAACUAAAACAAGGUCAUAAUAUCAACUAAUAUGUUCUAAUAUGUCUGUACUUUAUGACCUUGAUACAUGUGGGUAAAUGUAGUUUUGUCUGGGUUUCAUGUAGCUGUAGAUUCUUCCUUGGGAAAACAGAGCUGUACCGAGUCAUCUUUCACCAGACUGCCGUCAGGGGCGUAGCCAGCUUUUCGACUUCUUGUAGCCCUGGCUGUCUGCGGGUCGGAAUAUCAUUUCCACAGAAAUAUCCUAAAAAAUGCAUAUAAAAAAUGCUUAUAAUUCUGUUGAUUGCACUGAUGACUAGAAUGCACUGACCUCAUCAUCAUUUUAAGCUCUUGAGCUCUUUAGUUCACCCCAAAAUGCAUACUUUACUACAUGUGGUAGAGCGAUUAAUCGCUCAUGCCUACCAGUCUACUGACUGGCUAUGAUAUAAUUACAGGUCAAAAUUAAAUUCAGGUUAAAACUUUUUAACCUAGGUUGAUUCUCAACCCUAAUUAUUCAUCAGUUAGGGCUAGGAGACAAAGGAAAUUGAGAAACAAUCUACAGCUGUAGAUUAAAGAUAUUUAACCGGAAUUUAAUUUUGACUUGUAACAGCUAUGCUACUGACUAUCUACUGUAUGAGCCAAAUCCUAUUACCAUAAAAUGGAGAAAAUAUACUGGAAGUGACCAGAGUCUUAACCUGUUACAUGUAAUCCCUAGUUACAUGUAAACAAUGGAGAGAUGACUACAUGGAAAGCCAUACGUGAAGGAUGCAUGUCACUUAAGUUGAUUUUAAGCUUUACCACACCCUUUUUUUUGUGUGUGUGUCAUACAGACUAUGCUGCAGCUCAGUACAGACAGUACCAGCGGCUGACCAAACAGAUGAAACCUUCUGUAGAUGAAUACUCAAGAGAAAAAGACCAAAAGUAAGUGUAGUGUCUCAGAUUGUAAACGGCUUAUAUUGGUGGCGAGAAAACUGAGUGCAUGCAAGAUUUUUGUCAGUUUGGGGAGGGACGAAAAAGAUUUCUCCAUGGUUUGAAUGACUAAAAGGUGGAAAAAUUGGGAAAUUGAAGGUAGUGUACUCAGUCCAUUGGACAACAAGGAAAACAUUAUUUUUGUUUUGACUUGAGAAAAACUGAAUAAACACAUCUAAAGUCACUUGGUUAUAUGUUAAAUGCUAUUUAUAUAAUUUUGCAGAUUUUGUUCGGCUUGUCAUGAAAUCAUCCCUAUUGCUUAACUAGGUGUUAUUAGGUAAAUUUAAGACACAGACCAUGUACAUGUAUUGCCGUGUCCAGUGCCAAAAAUGAAAUAAACCCUUUCAAGGCUGUGCUCUAAGGAAAAUUGAAGGGAGUCCAGUGCUCUGAAACUGUAAAAUCUAGGGUGCCCAGCAUAUGAUUUGUAUGAAAAUCUGAGAUUUUCUAGUCGCCCGAGGGCAAAAGUUAGGCGCCAGGGGCCACCGGGCUCUGCUAGAGCACAGCCCUGCCUUUGCUCUAAGUUUAUAAAUGCUGUGUGAAUUUGGGUACCUUAAUGUCAUUUAAGAAUACCAUUAAAGAUAAGUCAUGAUAAAUUGAAUUUGCAAAUUUGUUAACAAUCAUCUUGUGGCAAUUUCAUGGAGAAUUGUUUUCUGUAAAAGGGCACUAGACUUCUGAUUUUAGAGCUGGACAUGAAUGAACACAUGUAUUUUUGUAGAGGAGAGGCAAUGUACCCAAGUGUAGAUGAUGUGACUUAUGGAGGACAGGGUAAAGUGCCUGAAGCUGCUGUGGACAGAAUGGUUGCAGACUUGGAAAAGCAGUAAGUAACUUAAACCUGUCCUUUAUCCAUCGGUUUCUUGUUUCCAAAGUACAUUAUUAUGCAAGGGAAGAGAAAAGAGGAGGCACACGAGCUAAAGAGACUGUACAUUUUACCAUAUUAAUUUAAUGCUAUUAUUAGAAAUAAAAAAAAAAUCAUUGUGGUGAAUUAUUUGACCAACAGUGAAACAACCUUAUGAAUUUGCCAGCUUUAUCAUACAUGUACUUGUCAUCAUAACCAUUAACAAACAGAGUACUAAAGUGAUGAUGUCAUAAAAAUGAAAUUUCUGAAAUUAUGGGAUUUGUAAGGAUAUUCUGAAAGAACAAUGUCUGAGAGGCCUACUUACAAAAAAUGAGCAUUUCGGGGCAAAUUGUCUCUGAGAUCGUAGCCCAGUUAUACUCUGAAAACUCCAUACAAACCCUUCAUAUUUUUUUUUUUUUGGGUCAACCCCAAAAAAAUUUAGAAGGGGUUGUAUGGAGCUUUCUAAGCAUAACUGGGCUACCAUCUCAGAGACAAUUUGCCCCGAAAUGCUCAUUUUUUGUAAGUAGGCCUCUUGGACAUUAUUCUUUCAGAAUAUUCUGACAAAUCCCAUAAUUUCAGAAAUUUCAUUUUUAUGACGUCACACUUUAGUACUCUAUUACAUGUAGGUUACUGUAUGUGCAUCACAUGUUAUACAAGUCAAGAGCUAGAUUCUUUCCCACAAAACCCUGUCACCUGUUGAUUCAAUUUGAAACAUUGGAUUACAGGCAGGGAUUAAAGGCUAGAAAGCAUCAAGUACAGUAUAUUUUUUUCUUUACCACUGGAUCUAUGCCUGGUGAUAUUUUACUGGACCUGCAGAAGGGCAGAUCGGAGACCUUUCCUUGCUUUUCUUUCAAGACACGAGUAAAAAAUGCCAAGUCUGUGCAUUUAAUGGCUCUUGAAAUCGGAAAAAACAUAGGGACCAAGUGAGGUUGGCUAUGUUGUGAGUCAAAUUUGCAAAUUUGCAACCUGCAAAGUUCGCAGGACUUACGUGACUUGGAUAACUUGACUUACAGACUUUCAAGAGAGCCAACCUUUGAGAAAACAAAUUAGGAUAUGAUCUGUAGGUUUGUUCAAAUUUCUCUUAUUUUGGCUUUCUCUUUAGAAUUCAAAAGAGAGAGAAGUACAGCCGUAGACGAGCUCACUUGGAUGAAGAAGACAUUGAUUAUAUUAAUGAGCGUAACAUGAAGUUCAACCAGAAACUGGCCAGGUUUUAUGACCCAUUUACUGCUGAAAUCAAGCAGAACUUGGAAAGAGGAACUGCUAUAUAA